AUGGCCUCGCCAGGGCCCUCCCCGAACGACAUACAGACCCACUUGUACAAAUCAUUCCUAGAGGGACGCACCGCAGACGUUAUACUUAGGGUAAAAGGCUGCUGGCAUGCCCUGUACAAGCUGCACCGCGUCGUCUUGAUCCAAUCGGGAUUCUUCCAAUCCCUCUUCACCGGCGCCUUCGUCGAGUCCGUCCAUAAAUUCCGCGCGAGCGGACACAACUCCCGUGCUGACGAGGUAGAGAUCGUAUUCGACGACCCCAAUAUUACACGGCCUGGUGCAAUAUGCAUUGCACGCCUAUACGGCGGCGGCCCGGCCCUGCACAUCUCCCCCUCCCUCCUCCCCUCUCCCUCCAACCCCCUAACAGCCUCCUUUCCAUGUCCUCCUAACCCGAGUGCCCACCCCACCCCCACUGGCCAGCACCCCGCGACCCCGCCCUUCCUCCUCUCCCUCCUCGCUACCGCAGUCUACCUCGCCAUACCCUCCGUCGCCGCUCAAGCCCUCACCAUGAUCCUCAAUUCCGUCGGGCCGUACACGGUGAUGCGGUAUCUAGGCUUCGCCAUCGGCUGCGGGAUCGGCGGCACCGAGGAGGUGGAGGCGUUGAGCGAGGGCGCGGUGGGGCUCGAGACCGUCGCGGAGAUGAUCAAAGACGAAGACCCAGAGGAGGACGAAGAGCCCAGCAAGCCCCCACCCCUGUCUCCCUCCCCGGCAAAGCACGAAGACGACGCCGAGACCCCCGACGACAUCGCCAAGAACCUCGACUACAUGGAGGUCAAGAAGGAGGACCCCGCGGACAUCUCCAGCUCCUCCUCCUCCUCGUCCCAGGAAGACCUGCCCUCCGGCGCGCAGCCCGACGCGGACGAGGGCCCGAGCUACUAUUACGGCGCGGUGAGCGCCAAGGUCGGCGAGGCGUGCGCGUGCUGGCUCGCGCGCUGGGGGCGCGACAUGUUCGCGUACGAGGAGAAGGUCGCGGACGGCAAGGCCGCGCAGCCCGCACCCGCACCCGCCCGGCGGCGCGCGACGACGGUCUCCGCGGACGUGGUGGUGCCGGUGAUCUGGCGCCGGGGCGGGCUGGAGCCGGCCUGGGUGAAGGCGCUGAUCAUGAGUGAUUUUUUGUUUGUGAGCGGCGAGAGAGAGAGGUACGACCUUGCGAAGGGCGUGGUGGAGAUGCGCCGGCGGCAGCUGGGCGGGGAGGGCUUGGACGAGAGGGAGGAGGCCGAGUGGGAGGAUAUGUUCAGCCAGGGGAUCUUUUAUGCGAAUAUGCUUUUGGAAGAUCUCAUGGAGAUAUCCAACGAUGUCUCGCCGACGACGGGGCGCCCGUAUGUGCCCAUCCAGGUCUUGCAGGCCGCCCUGUGGAGCCAGUCUGUCCUCCGACACCACAUCACCGCGCGGCCCUCCCAGGGAUCCUCGUCCCCGCCCUCCUCGCCCACGGGCCAGCGCGACAAAGAGCUCGGCAUCACGCUCACCACGGCCGACAUCCUCCGCUCCGCCACCGCCGCGGACAUGGACAAGAGCUACUUCCCGAUCCCCGCGGACUCGAGCGUGCGCAUCGGGGACACGAGCGCGCUCGAGAACGCGUCGAUGGACGAGCUGUUCGCCGCGCCCGCGGCGGAGCCCGCCGACCCGAAGAAGGUGUCGCGCCUGAGCACGUCCGAGCGCACGUUCUUCGGCCUGCUCUCGUCGUCGUCGCAGCGGCGCCCCGUGUCCGCGUGCGUGCUGCAGGACCCUACCGGCAAGGCGCGGUGGUCGCGCUUCCCGCCGUUCCGGUUCGGCGUCGAGUUCUGGGACGUCGACGAGCUGAAGGAGAAGAGCCGGCUGCAUAGCCAGACGGUGUGGUACGCCGGGAGCUUGUUCAAUGUGUAUGUGCAGGUGGUGCGGAAGAAGGGCGUGCCCGGGGUGCAGCUGGGCGUAUACCUUCACAGGCAGAGCAGUGUGGAUCCGGUCCCGCCGAGGAGCGCGCCGAGCCCGCUUGCGCUGGGCCUGAGAGUCGCGGAGAGGGAGCGCGAGCAUGGGUCCGGGCACAACAGGCGGAUCUCCGCGCCGAGCGCCAACGCGGGCGUCCACGCGAGCACGAGCCUCCCGUCCAUCGGGAGUCCCCUGAGCAGGAGCACCACCCCCGUCUCCGCCGGCAGCCCCUUCUCCUCCUCCUCCCUCCCCGGCUCGCCGGGCGCGUCGCUCGCGACGUCGUCGUCGUCGUCGUCGUACACGAACACGAUCCCCGCGACGUCCGCGCCCGUCGCGCCGCCGCAGCCGUACCGCGACCCGCGCAGCGCGAUCUCGGCGUACUUUACCAUCUCGUGCGCGAGCGCGACCGGCGCGAGCCUCACGCAGUUCACGAGCGCGCCGGACGUGUUUAGCGUGAGCCAGAGCUGGGGGUGGAAGAGCAGCAGCUUGAGGACGGAGGAGUAUUUGGAGGUCGGCGCGGACCAGGGGCGGCGUGCGAUGGGGAGGGAGGUGAGUCUCCGGGCGACGGUUGUGCUCGGGUUGGUGUAGGCCAUUGUGCAUGGUGUGCUUUCGCUGUCGUUUGUCAUAUUCUCUGUUUAUACCUGGUCAAUAUUGCCGUUCCUGCGUUUAUUUUUUAUGUUAUCCGUGCAGAUAUCCUUCGAUCACUUGUAGUAUAUGUUAACCUCUCUCUGGCACACCCGGAUCUGGAUCGUACCUCCCCUCUCCGACUUCUCUGUAUCCAUUUAGUGUUUUGCUCCCUUUUACCCCCAUGUAUCCC